AUAUAAGUAUACUUGCCAAGUAAUUUCCAAAGACUACUUGUGAAAACAUGGGCAACUUCAGGUUUAUAGUUUCAACAUUUCUUCUUUUCGUUCUCUUGCCGGAAGCUGUUCAUGGCAGCAAAAAGUGCUACAUUGUAUACUUGGGAGCACAUACUCAUGGUCCAAGCCCCACUUCAGUAGACUUUGAAGCUGCCACAUAUUCUCAUUACGAUUUGCUAUCUUCAGUUCUCGAAAGCCAUGAGAAAGCCAAAGAAGCCAUGGUAUACUCGUAUAAUAAACACAUCAAUGGCUUUGCCGCGAUGCUUGAGAAGGAAGAAGCAGCACAUAUUGCAAAAAACCCGAGUGUGGUGUCUGUGUUCUUGAGCAAAGAGCACAAAUUGCAUACGACCCGGUCGUGGGAAUUUCUGGGACUAAACAGAAAUGGAGGGAACUCAGCAUGGCAAAAGGGAAGAUUCGGUGAAAAUACAAUCAUUGCUAACAUUGACACAGGAGUUUGGCCGGAAUCGAGGAGUUUCAGUGACAAGGGAUAUGGCCCCGUUCCACCAAAAUGGCGUGGAGAAAAUGUGUGUGAGAUAAGCAAAGUUGGCGGUUCCCGAAAAAAUGUUUGCAACAGGAAGCUAAUUGGAGCAAGAUUCUUUGCCGAUGGUUUUGAGGCGUAUAACGGCAAGCUUAACUCAAAGCUACGUACAGCACGUGACUUUGUAGGGCACGGUACCCACACACUAUCAAUUGCAGGUGGGAAUUUUGUUUCAGGGGCACAUGUAUUUGCGGUUGGGAAUGGAACUGCAAAGGGUGGAUCUCCAAGAGCCAGAGUUGCAGCAUACAAAGUGUGUUGGUCUCUAACUGAUUCGGCCGAUUGCUAUGGUGCGGACGUUUUGGCGGCAAUAGACCAAGCCAUAAGUGUCUCUGACAACCGACAAGUCACGGGAGCCAGUCUUUUCAUAGACUUGCCGCCAAACCAGGCCUUCCGUCUGUUACUCUCUACUGAUGGUAAAGUUGCCAAUGCGUCCGUUAGAGAUGCCCAAUUUUGUAGACGAGGAACACUUGAUCCAGCAAAAGUGAGGGGCAAAAUAGUAGAAUGCUAUAGAGAAAAUAGCAUAAAAUCAGUGUCUGAGGGUGAGGAAGCUCUAAGAGCUGGUGCAAAGGGAAUCAUCGUGCGCAACCAAAAGAACCAGGGGAAUACAGUUCUUGCUGAGCCCCAGGUUUUCUCAGGUGUGAACACCGAAAGUGGAGAAGUAGGUGGAAGUCCAGAUUCAAGACAUGUCAUAACUGCCACGGGUCCCGUAACGCCUACUACCAGCACAAUAAGACUGUCUCCGGCUAAAACAGUCUAUGGAAGAAAGCCAGCUCCAGUUAUGGCUGCGUUCUCCUCAAGAGGGCCCAAUGAAAUUCAGCCAUCCAUACUUAAGCCUGAUGUGAGUGCACCUGGAGUGAGCAUACUGGCUGCCUAUUCUCUAUUUGCAAGUGUAUCUAACUUAUUGACAGACAAUCGUCGGGGAUUUCCAUUCAAUGUAAUGCAAGGAACUUCUAUGUCUUGCCCCCAUGUUGCUGGUAUUGCUGGACUUCUCAAAACUCGUCAUCCAAAUUGGAGUCCUGCAGCUAUUAAAUCAGCAAUUAUGACUACUGGUAACGUAUAUCUCCUUAAUUAUCACCUUAAAUAAUUUUUUAAUUUGACU